AUGGGUUGCUCAUUGAAAAUAAUACAUACCGGUAGCUACAAAGAAGCGCCUGCUGGAAUGCUUACUAACGCUUAUUUUGUGAGGCAGACGUCUACAGAUGUGUGUCUGAAGAUGGACGCAAAGCAGGUCCCCCAAAACCAUCCCCAUGGGGUUGGUGUAUUUGUGCCACACCCCCCUAGCAAACUUUCAGACCAGAAGUUACCCCCACUGCAAAGUCACAGGAGCAAACUCCCCACUGUCAGAAAGUACCCUGUGAUUGAGCAGAAAGGGUACUACUCCGAGCUCAUCACUACAGCAGCAAAACCCUGUCUACAGGUAAUAAUAAGCCCACACAUUCAACUGUAGUCAGAGGACAGCUAAAAACACUACCCUGUGAUAUGUUUGCUCUAAGAAAUAUUUUAUUCAGUUAUGAGCAUAAACUAACUGCCUAUUCAUGUAUCAGUCUUGUACAGAGGGGCCAGAAACCCAACAGAGCUUACUGUGCCAAGCGGGCUAUGAGUCCAACACUCCUAAAGGUGAGGCUUUUACCCAGGGCCUGUUGGAUGAUAAACAUCACACUGAAAUACAUCAGCUACUUUACAUUUGUGUAUGUGUAAAUAUGUAUUGGUAUAUUCUGUUAAUAACAAUUUAUUUAUUUUGGCCAAUAUGUAUUCUGUUCUUCAGUAACCACCUUCCGGACUCCGUCUGACCUGCACAGCCUGGUUGAGAGGGACAUGCAUGGUCCCACCACCCAGCACCAGCAGCACACUGACUUCUCCACUGGAGGUUACACAGCCAAGGUCCAGCUGCCCUACCACAGCCUGCCUGGACAGCAUCCCCGCAAGAUAGAGAUAGAGAGGUGUGUGCAUCUGUGAGGGUCACAGCUAAAUACACACACGCACGCACACGCACACAGUAUGGGGAAGUGAAUGCUCUAAUGUGUUGUUUUUCUUCUCAGGCGCAGACGGGAGUACCUGAAGCUGGAUAUUGCCCAGCUCCUGAUAGAGCAAGGCAUGGACUCCAACCUCCUGAUGCCUCGACACCAGAGCAGUGAAGAACAUGUGACCACACCAGAGAAUCCACUCCCACCUGUCUCAAACUACCUGCCUCUGGAGGUGAGCUCCUCAAACAUCUUCAUGGUUAAAACGUACAUUUUCCGUUAAUAAAACACUAUCACAAUGUGGUCCUUGAUUGACUCACUCGUCUUUCUUGGUUUUCUCCCCUAGGUGUUUGACAAUGAGGAGUUUGACUGUCGCACUCCUCAAGACUGGCUUGCCCUGGGCUAUGAAAAUGGAUCAACUGAUCACAAACCCAUACCUGCCAAAGCUCUGCUGCCCACCACUGACAAGAUACCACCAGGUCGGUUCUUCGAGAAUAGCUCUUAAUUUGAAACAGCUGUUUACAGAGGGAUGUCCCAAAUAGAAAUGAUGGUAACCUACAAGUUGUCUGUUGUAGUGAAUAGUGUAUCAUAUCCCCGGGACCACCCAUACGUAAAAAUUUAUGCACACAUGACUGUAAGUCGCUUUGGAUAAAAGCGUCUGCUAAAUGGCAUACUAUUAUUAUUAUAUUAUAUCAUUCUUCAUCAUGAGAACAGAAAAUAGUUAGACAGUUUCCUCUCUCUUGUCUUCUCUGGUUCUGUAGAGGACCCAAAAAGCCCCACCCUGGAGUACAGUUGGCAGUUUGUUGGGGUUCUUGACUACAACCAGGAGAAAGGGCUUUAUCUGGUCCAGAAGGCCGACAGGAAUGGCAGAGUGAGGGAUGCCAAUGGAAAACCAGUCCUAAAUGAAGGACGGAGAACAAGUAAUAGUUUAUUACCACUUCUAGUGUAUCAAUGCAGUAUGUUCUUGACCAGUAUACAACAUACACAAAGUCUCACUCUCUGUCCCAUCUCCUUGCUUUUAGUAAGUGUGUUUCUGCAGUUAGCCACUCAGUACUGGAUCCCCAGGAUCAGGCUGCUGUUCAGUGCAGAGGACCCUCGACUGUUUUCCCAGCGGGUGCAGUUUGCCCAGCGCUGCAGAGAGAACACAGAGGCCCUGCUGCUCUACCACCUGUCUGUAGACUGUAUGCCAGUGUGGAGUGGCACCUCGUCUCUCAAUGCACAAAGCCUUGCCCGUGUCAAAGAGCAUGCCCUCUCUACACCUGGCCUCCGACUCAAACUGUGAGAGACAUCCCUAGUUUUCUAAUCAUAUACUCAUAUUUUACAGUUCGCCUUUCAUUCAUGGUAGAGACUGUUUAGCUAUCUUUUUUCUAAAGCAGACUGACCAUCAGGCUGUGUUUAUUGAAUAAGAGCAGGAUAUGAAUGUUAGGAGACUGUCAUUACCUUUAGGAUGCAUUUCAGUAUAAUGUUGUGUUGUGAUGGCAGGCUGCAGGAGUGUAUUGUACGUCUGGAGAAGGAGAUCAAUCUGGAGUAUGACCGCUGCAUGAACCAGAUCAGCUUUGAUAGGGUGGUGCUCACAAACCCUGAGGAUUUCUCCCACAUCACCCUUCCCCAGAGAGAGCCAGAACGUGUGCCCCAGAAUGGUGAGUUCACUGGAGUUUUUUUUGAAGAUGUAAGACCUAAGGAUGGGCACGGUUAUUUGAAUAUCCGAACGGACGUUAGUAUUCGAUUACUUGUGUGAGUGUUAUACUACAGUUUAAUAAUAAUAAUAAAUAAUAAUAUGCCAUUUAGCAGACGCUUUUAUCCAAAGCAACUUACAGUCAUGCGUGCAUACAUUUUUUGUUUACUAUAGAAUACUACAGUACUUACUAUAGAAUUAUGUAGUAAACUGUAGUAUACCGUAGAAUACUAUACUACACACUGUAGUAUCCCUCGAUCGUGUAGUAUUUACUAUAUAUAAUGUUGUAAUAUACUAGAAUACUAUAAUAAAUAGUAUAGUAUACUACAGACUGCAAAAACACUACAGAAAUGACCGCAAAAAAACUACAGUCCGCAAAAACACUACAGUAAUUACCAUAGCAUAUACUACAGUAUUUAAUUUGUAUAUACCCUGCCCAUUCCCAUUCUCCUCUCCCAUAUCCCAAUUUGUGCCACCCAUAAGUGAGAAACCUACAUGACAAGUAUAGACCAUAUAUUGUGUUCCCUACAGGUUAUAGAAAAGAGCAGAAGCUCUGAACUAUCCAUUCAGACCUCAGUCCAGUAUAGGUUAUGGAAAAUGUUCUCUUCGAGUAUUUUGUCCAGUAGGUUUCCUCAAGGAAGCCCCCACUGCUAUGUCAAAGAUAAAACAAAAACACUAUAGUAAAUACUACAAUAAUGUCCGCAAAAUUACUACAGUAAAUACUACAGUAUACUACAGUCCGCAAAAACACUACAGUAAAUACUACAGUUAAUACAGUCCGCAAAAACACAACAGUAAUUACAAUAGUAAAUACUACAGUUUUUUAUAGUAUUUAUACGAUAGUAAACAGUAAAUACUACAGUAUACUAAAGUCAUAUCCGCAAUACUACAGUAAAUACUACAGUGAAUACUACAGUAAAGUCCGCAAAAACAUUACAGAGAAUACUAUAGUAUUUUUACAUGUGGGAUUAUAACAAUGAAAAAGCUUUGUCUAAAUUAAAUGAUAUUAUCAUUGUGACAUUGAUACAUACAUGGAUAUACCAUGACAUUUGAAAUUCCUUUAUUUAAUAAAACAACAAACUUUUGAAUUUAGUUUUUAUGACAGUGCAAUGAGCUAGUGCAUUUAGCCCUCCAGUCAGCCCUGACAACGGUAUGCUAUUUUCUCCUCUUCAAAUAGCAAUUACAGGCACACACAUAAGGGAGGUUCCACAAGACCUGAUGUACUUUUAACAUUUUAGUCAUUUAGCAGACACUCUUAUCCAGAGCAAUUAGGGUUAAGUGCCUUGCUCAAGGGCACACCGGCAGAUUUUUCACCUAGUCGGCUCGCUGAUUCGAACCAGAGGGUUACUGGCCUAAUGCUCUUAACUGCUAGGCUACCUGCAGCCCUGAUAUAACAGAGUUAAGAACGUUCUGUAAGCUCACACCGCAGCUAGCUUGAAAUGUCGCGGAUGGAGCCAUCCAAUCGGUACCUUUUGGGUGGCUCAACCCACUGGCUCAACCCACUGUUUCCAAUAACUACCGGAGAACUGUGGGGGGGGGGAUAUCUGAUUUUUAAAAAUAAUAUUAUUGGAAUAGUGAAACAUUUAAAAUGCCCAUCCCUCUACUAGUAAGACCUAAGAUUGGGUUCAGGGGGCCAGGGUCUCUUCGUGAACCCUGAAAGAAAUGGGCUUACGAGAUGAGCAGUCGAUGACACCUGUAAUGACACCUCUUAAACAUUGUAUACCUGACAUGUCCACAGGCUUUGUGUCUGUCCCUACAUACCCCUUUGAGAAGAACCGGGCUGCGUUUGCCUUCAACUCCCUGCUCACCAAGCCGGAGGUGAUCUCUGCCUUGUCCAAAGUGCGGGGCGAGUGCAACAGGGUGGCUGCUAUGAGUCUGUUCCAUGUCACCUUCACCAAGUCGUUGCGUCUAGAGGAGUUUGAGCUCACCCAGUCUCAGACACAUGCACAGGUAUUGUAACACACAGCCCUAGACAUAUUCAGAUAUUCUGCUGGCACCAGUCCUGCUCUCUGAAGAAUGUCUUUGAAGAAUUCUAAUUGUUGGGAAAUUCAAGACAGUUACUUACAACAGCAGCCAUACACCACCAUACAUUGAAAGCCAUACACAUCAAAAGCUAACCCAUCCUUGGGGUCUCGUGGCCCCUCAGGUGCAGCUGUUCCUGCGGGACUCAUGGGUGACCACCCUGUGUAAGGGCAUCCACACCAGCCUGAGAGACGUGGGCCCUGGCUGGUUUAGUCUGACGGAGUCCCGCUGGGAGGUGUACAGGAUGUCCAAGCUGUGCAGCCUCAUGGCCUUGGUGCGCUACAGCCUGCAGGACUCUCUGCGCUUCCUUGUGCAGGACUCCCUGGUCAGCCUGGCUCAGCUGCUGCUGGAUGCCUGCCACAGUGUUCUCCCCUGCCCACAGGACCUGACCUGGGGCUCCGACCUCAUCAACAGCCCCUACAAGUGAGAUCACAUCCCCUCUGUCUCUUAUUGCUCUCUUUCCUUCUAACUACUCUCUCUUCUCUUUCUUUGUCUCCCUCAUAGGGUUGCAAAGGGAGGUUAUAUUAGUGGUAUCUUUAGAAGUUUACAAGUAAACUACCAGAUUCAGGUAACUUGCGAGUUUUUAAAUGUUUUUUUAUCACGUGACAUCUAGUGGCCUUUUUGGGGACUUCAGAUUAUCACAGGUGUCUGUAAUUAUCUCUGGCCCUCUGUGUGGCCUUAUCACAUGUACAAUAUAUAAAAUAAGAUUGUUGAAUACUUGUUUCUGAUUGGCUUGAAGGGCAUUCCAGAGCGUGCAUUAUUUCCCUAUAUCGCACGUUAUAUUAGUACGGUAGAAUUCAAUGGCUAUAGUUCAUUCUUACGUGUUUUGUUUGAGCUGCUUUUGAAACCAAAAGUCGAAUUGAAAACAUUAUUGGCAUUGUUGAAUUCGAUUUUCAUAAUAGCAAGCUAGGACUGAUGGUUUGGUUAGCUAAACUAGCAAGUCUGUUUGUUUGGUUCCCAUGGCAACUACUGUGGCUAUCUAGUAAACCUGCUAGUUACUUCAGUGGAUGUUGAACACAUUUCUACCAGCAAAUGAACACAUUUAUUGUGGCAAAUGUGUUAAAUUAUAGCCAUGGUAUAAAAUGGAUAAUCAACUCAGCUCUGUGCGUUCUCUGGAAAAUAAUGCAACUCCGUGGAUGGACAUUCGGAACACACCUUCCACGUCAUUCAUUAUUUUCCAUAGAACGCAUAGCCCCUCGUUGAUUAUCCAUUGGAUUAAAAAUACAAUGAAAAAGCUGUAAAACAUUAUCCUAAAUAUAAACCAUCAACUUAGUGAAAACCAUUGGUGUUUAAUAUGAGGUUUUCAGCAUGAAAUAUCCUUUAUAUUUUUUGACACACUAUUAUUUGUUUUACUAUGUCAAUAUGUCUUUGUUGUAAAUGUUUUGGCCUCAAACUGGUGGCAGUUGUGAAAAAAGUCAAUAGUUGGAAGAGUUGCAGAGUUAAUUGAAAAUAAUGACAUUGUUGAUUAGAUGCUGUUUUCAUUAAUUAGGGUAUUUUCUAUUGAACCAUUAUGGUCUAUCCACUAGAAACUCAUAGACAAUAUGAACACAGACAUGAAAAAUGAAUACUAUCAAUGAAUAAUUGUUUAAAAAGUUAUUCAAGUAUAAAUUACCAAAGUUACCAUAGAUUGCCCUAAAUUCCCUGUUAAUUACCAAUGGUUCAGAAAAUUCCAGCAACUUUUAUAAAUUACCGGUAACUUUGCAACCCUACUCCCUUAUCAGCUGCCUAACAUGCUGUCUAGACCGGGCGUGUGCGUCCGCGUGCGCAAGUUGAUUUUGUACAUCUACACCAGACGCGCAGGUUGAAAUAUCAAAAUUAACUCUGAACCAAAUAUAUUAAUUUGGGGACAGGUCGAAACACAUGAAAUAUUCAUGGACAUUUAGCUAGCUAGCUUGCUGUUGCUAGCUAAUUUGUCCUGGCAUAUAAACAUUGGGUUGUUAUUUUACCUGAAAUGCACAAGGUCCUUUUUUUCUGGAUCUUUGUAGAAUUUGUACAAACAUUUUGUCUCUACUCCGACAUUUAAUCGACAGAUAAAAGGGGAAACCUAGUUAGUUUAUAGUAAUCUCUCCUCCUUCAGUAGUAGUGGUAGUAGUAGUAGUAGUAGUAGUAGUAGUAGUAGUAGUAGUAGUAGUAGUAGUAGUAGUAGUAGUAGUAGUAGUAGUAGUAGUAGUAGUAGCACCUGGCGCCGACGAGGAUGGCGGCCUCGCGACUAGCUCUUAGGUGCAACUGGGUCCUGGACUUCUUGACGGGCCGCCCCCAGGUGGUGAAGGUAGGAAACAACAUCUCCACUUCGCUGAUCCUCAACACUGGGGCCCCACAAGGGUGCGUGCUCAGCCCCCUCCUGUACUCCCUGUUCACCCAUGACUGCGUGGCCAAGCACGCCUCCAACUCAAUCAUCAAGUUUGCAGGCGACACAACAGUAGUAGACUUGAUUACCAACAAUGACGAGACCGCCUACAGGGAGGAGGUGAGGGCUCUGGGAGUGUGGUGCCAGGAAAAUAACCUCUCACUCAAUGUCAACAAAACAAAGGAGAUGAUCGUGGACUUCAGGAAACAGCAGAGGGUGCACCCCCCUAUCCACAUCGACGGGACCACAGUGGAGAAGGUGGAAAGCUUCAAGUUCCUUGGCAUACACAUCACUGACAAACUGAAAUGGUCCACCCACGCAGACAGUGUGGUGAAGAAGGCGCAACAGAGCCUCUUCAACCUCAGGAGGCUGAAGAAAUGUGGCUUGGCACCUACAACCCUCACACAUUUUUACAGAUGCACAAUUGAGAGCAUCCUGUCGUGCUGUAUCACUGCCUGGUACGGCAACUGCACCGCCCGCAACCGCAGGGCUCUCCAGAGGGUGGUGCGGUCUGCCGAACGCAUUACCGGGGGCAAACUACCCGCCCUCCAAGACACCUACAGCACCCGAUGUCACAGGAAGGUCAAAAAGAUCAUCAAGGACAUCAACCACCCGAGCCACUGCCUGUUCACCCCGCUAUCAUCCAGAAGGCGAGGUCAGUACAGGUGCAUCAAAGCUGGGACCGAGAUAAUGAAAAACAGCUUCAAUCUCAAGGCCAUCAGACUGUUAAAUAGCCAUCACUAGCACAUUAGAGGCUGCUGCUGCCUGUUGAAAUCACUGGCCACUUUAAGAAAUAGAACACUAGUCACUUUAAUAAUGUUUACAUAUCUUGCACUACUCAUCUCAUAUGUAUAUACUGUAUUAUAUUCUAUAAUAUUCUACUGUAUCUUAGUCCAUGCCGCUCUGUUAUUGCUUGGCCAUAUAUGUAUAUAUUCUUAAAUUCCAUUCCUUACUAGAUUUGUGUGUAUUGGGUAUAUGUUGUGAAAUUGUUAGAUAUUACUUGUUAGAUAUUACUGCACUGUCGGAGCUAGAAGCACAAGCAUUUCGCUACACCCGCAAUAACAUCUGCUAAACACGUGUAUGUGACAAAUACAAUUUGAUUUGAUUUAGUAGUAGUAGUAGUAGUAGUAGUAGUAGUAGUAGUAGUAGUAGUAGUAGUAGUAGUAGUAGUAGUAGUAGUAGUAGUAGUAGUAGUAGUAGUAGUAGUAGUAGUAGUAGUAGUAGUAGUAGUAGUAGUAGUAGUAGUGUUCUUCUUCUUCUGUGGACUUGAUAUGUCUGUUGGCAACCAACUUUAAGGUGCAUUACCACCACCAACUGGACUGGAGUGUGGACCUCAGUUCAUCUUUCAAUCACCCACGUGGGUAUAUGCUCCUAAAAACCAAUCAGGAGAUGGGAGAGGCGGGACUUGCAGCACGUCACGCGUCAAAAAUAGAACCAAGUUCUAUUUUAGCGCCUGGCUACGCAGACGCUCGCAAGCAGUUUAGAUGAAAUGAUUGAAUAACAUGUAAAUGUAUGUGUACAUUUAUUUUGCAACGCGAGCAGUGUGGUCAGCAUUUUAGUUAUGCAUUCCUAUGUAUCUCCACAGGCCGAAGAAGAACACGCUGUUCUUAGUAGAUCUGGUUCUGGAUGUGACUGGGGUCCACUACAGCACUCCUCUGGAGAACUUUGAGACCUCCAUCAUUACCCUGUUUGAUAAGGGGAUCCUUUCCACCCACAAUGUGCCUCAACUGGAUAAGGCAAGACAAGACACCAUGCAUCCCAUAAUCAAUUACAGUAAUGAAGUUAGUAUUGAUUUGUGUCACACUUCUGUGGUAUAUGAUGAUGAUGGCUUUCUGUGUCUCUCAGUUUGUGAUGCAGAAGAUGUUCAUCAGUGGCACUCCUCUGUUGGAGUCAGUGGAUCUGUGGGAGCCUGCGGUGGCAGAGCUGAGGGAGAGGGUCCGUGCCGCCCUGCGUCAGGCUGCCAUCCCACUCCGGGCCUACGCCCGCGAGUAUGAGAGACACCUAGAGCUGCACAACUCAGACAUAGAGACCUUCCUCAAGUAAGACCUGUCUCAGCAGAAGUUGUAGUUGUACCACUUGUGUCUGUGACUAUGUCUGUAACUAAGUCAUUGUCUGUGUGUAUGUGUCCCAGGGCCCACAGCCAGGAGGAGCAGACUCCCCAGGAGGUGAAAAGGGAGGUGGUGCAGCACCUAAAGGAGAAGGAGCGUCUAGACCACUCCUUCCCAUCCUCCAUCGUCAUCGGCCCCUUCACCGUCAGCGUGGAGAGUGUCCGCCAGAGCCUGUCCAAGAAACGCAGAGCCCUGGCUAAUGCCGUGCUUGAUCGGCUUGCCCUCAAGCUCCGCAAGCAAGUGGAGGACGUAAGUCUCAAGACUUUUCAAGAGAUUGGUGUAGAGAAGUACAGAAAUAUCUACUUGAGGAUGUACAAUGGUCAAUGUUGUUUAGAAGGCAUUGCAGGUGAUGUUCAGUUUGUUAGUAUUUGGCUCAUACCAGUCUGUACUGUGUGUUUGUUUGUUUCCAGGCAUGUGAAGAGUGUAAGGCCGUCAGCAGGAAGCUGCAUGAGAAGCCGAACAGCAUUGAGGAGCUGACCGACCAACGUGAAUGGAUAAAGCAGAUUCCAGAUCAGCUCAAGGCCCAUGAGGUACAGAGACCAAAUGAUACAGAAUAGAAUAGAAUAGAAUAGAUAAUCAUUUUUGGUACUGUAAAGAUCAUUCUCUUGAGUAGAGAGUUCUCAUUUUGUGUGUCACUUUCUUCAGGAUCUCCUAUCCAAAGCCAUGUCAGACUACGAGUUGAUUGAUGAGUUCUUCUACAGCCUGUCAAAUGAGGACUUCAGUGGAAAGUACGGCUGGCCGUUACAACACACGUUAAAAGAUUGAGAUAAUGGUUUUAUAUGGGAGUGAGAACGAGAGGUCAAACUAGGAGUGUAGGAAGUAAAUAAUAGGUUUGAGUGAAUGCUGAAAGUGUCUGUCCCUUUUGCUGUGCAGGUGGACAGCCAUUGGGUGGCCACAUAAGAUUGUGACCCAGAUGGAGACGGUGUCGGCCCAGCAUGUGGAGGAUGAAGAACGCUUCAAUAAGAUCCAGCAGGCUGACCAGAACAACUUCCAGGAGCGCCUGGACUCUCUACAGGUGAGUCAUGCUCCUAAAUCCCCAGCCUUUGAAAAAAUUACCAUUUUAUGUUGCCUGCCUCUCUGCAUAUGUUGUUGCAGAUGGUGGUGGCUGGCUUUGCUGGGUACACUGACAUCAGCCGAGCCCACGAGGUGGCCAACGAGGUACGACGUGUGGGCAAGCAGCUGAAGGAGUCCCAGACCAUGGCCCAGACAUACAACAACCGGGACCGUCUGUUUGGCAUCCCUGUCACCAACGUGAGUGUGGCGUUAUUGACUCAAUCUGCCUCCCCAAUGGCUUCUACUUGAGUUGAUGUAGACUAUGUUGUUGUUGAGCAAUCAACCAACAUGUAAAAACAAAGACUGACUUGUACUGACUGGCUGCUGUUGUGUCUGUGUGUUGCAGUACGACCGUCUGCAGAAGCUGAUCAGGGACUUCCAGCCGUUCAGAGACCUGUGGACCACCACGUCAGACUGGCUGCGCUGGCACGAGAGCUGGCACAACGACCCCCUUUCCAUCAUCGACCCCGAGCAGCUGGAGCGCAAUGUCACAGACGCCUUUAAGACCAUGCACAAGUGUGUCAAAAUGUUCAAGGACAUCCCCGGUGAGUGACGCUUUAUCAAGUAAUCAAAUCUGAUUUGUAUACAAAGUGCUUAACAUAACCCUGGCCUAAACCUCCCAAAAGCAAGAAUCAAAGAGUGGCAAGGAAAAAUAUCUUUCUCUCUCGCUCUCUCUACCUACCUUCCUACCUACCUACCUACCUACACCAGCGUGUCAGGAGGUGGCGUCUGACAUCCGGGGGAAGAUAGAGGACUUCCGUCCCUACAUUCCUCUCAUCCAGGGCCUGAGGAACCCUGGGAUGAGGAGCAGACACUGGGAGCUGCUGUCAGACCGCAUCCACAUGAACGUCAAGCCCAAAGCCAACCUCACUUUCUCCCGCUGCCUGGAGCUAGGCCUGCAGGACCACGUGGAUGAGAUAGCACGGGUGGCCGAGGUGGCAGGGAAGGAGUACGCCAUCGAACAGGUACUGGAUAACUGCAGGCAGUAAUAAAGUAACUAAUAUCUGUUACAGCCAAUAGCGCUAAGGGACACAGUUAUCUAAUAUCCUAAUUUUGGACUGAACUGAAUGUGUCCCUGUCCUCCCUCUCCCCAUUCAGGCUCUGGAUAAGAUGGAGCAUGAGUGGUCGACGGUGGCCUUCGAGGUGCUGCCCUAUAAGGAGACGGGCACUUACAUCCUGAAGAGCCCAGACGAGGCGUCACAGCUGCUGGAUGACCACAUCGUCAUGACCCAGAGCAUGUCUUUCUCCCCCUACAAGAAACCCUUUGAGGAACGCAUCAGUACCUGGGAGAGCAAGCUCAGGAUGACUCAGGUACAGCAGAAAGAUACAGAAGUCUGACUGGGUGUCAUUGGAAGGAGAAGGAGGCUAAAGUACCAUUGAAAGUUUCCUACCAGGUGAAUGGCGAGCCUUAAUAGGCUGAUUGGCCCAUUCUCACCAUUUAAAAUCCCUGUAGUAGAUGUUGUUCAUUCUUCACACAUUCUUCAUGAGAUGUUUCAAAUCCUCAUUAAUGUUGUGUGACUGCCCUCUGCUGGGGCUUGCAGGAUGUGCUGGAAGAGUGGCUGACCUGCCAGCGCUCCUGGCUUUACCUGGAGCCAAUCUUCAGCUCUGACGACAUCAACCGCCAGCUGCCUGUAGAGGGCAAGAGGUACCAGACCAUGGAACGCACCUGGAGAAAGGUGAUGAAAAGCGCCUACGACAACAAACAGGUGAGAUACUGUAAUCACAACACAAUACAACGACAACCCACAUCAUGCUUAGAUUGACUUCAAUAGGGUUUAGUGUUGAUACUGAGUGUAAACUAAAUGUGUGUUGUGUGUGUGCGUGCCUGCAUGUGUGUGUCUAGGUGAUUGAUCUGUGCCCGGACCCCCGUCUGUUGGACAGUCUGAGGGACUGUAAUAAGCUGUUGGAGCUGGUACAGAAGGGUCUGAGCGACUACCUAGAGACCAAGCGUGGCUCCUUCCCCAGGUGUGCUGUCACUAUUGACAGUGUUUCAGCUCUAACCUAUGUGACUGUUUAUUUAGAUUCAGUAUUACAGAUGUAUUUGAUAGUUGUUGAUUAAUACCAUUAGAAACAGCUUUGAAUUGAUAUUUCUCAGAAAUGGCAACAUAGAGAACUCUAUGGGUCUUUGUUUUGCCUUUGUAGGUUCUAUUUCUUGUCUGACGACGAGCUCCUGGAGAUUCUCUCCCAGACCAAGGAUCCCACAGCAGUACAGCCUCAUCUGCGCAAAUGCUUCGAGAACAUUGCACGGGUUAGUCUCUCCCUCUCUCUUUCUCCCUGCGCCCCUUUUCAAUUAUUCAUUUUCUAGAGUUUUAUCUCUUUCUAUCCCCUCUCCUUCUCUGUGUCCCACAGCUUAAGUUCCAGUCGGACCUGCAGAUCACUCAUAUGUACUCUGGGGAGGGGGAGGAGGUCAAGCUCUGCCUGCCAGUGUGGCCCUCUGGGAAUGUGGAGGACUGGCUGAGGGAGGUGGAGAAGUCUAUGAAGGCCUGUCUGAGGGACAACAUCGAACGCUCGCUGAAGGUCUACCCACAGGUCAGCCCCCUACCCGAUCUACAGUAGCAGUGCGUGGGUAAAAUCACUGGGGAAGCCAAGCCAGGACAAAAAAGCCAUAUUAUAACCUAUGUGUUGUGAUAAUUGCGUUGUUUGCUCUAUGACCUGUUAGUUCAUAUGCCACCGUGAUAUAUAGGCCUAAGGCCGAGACAAUAAGAAGACAACAGUCACACAGUGGCAGAAUAAAUUCAACCACACCAUUGUUUCAUCACAAAACCGGAGGUCAACAUCUGUCUAGUGAUGUCCACAAAGCAUAUUGAAUGUAACAGUUACAUAACCUACAGCAUGGGCAAUCAAGUUAAUUUUUCAGACAUUUUCGAACUAGUAAACAACUACUGAUUUAGAACCAUGAAGAGUUACCGCAAGUCACAAAGAAAACAGGAGCUGCCUCCACUAUUCCAGCACCAUUUAAACUUCAACAUCAUCAAAUCACUUAUGCUUGGUCUAAUACAGUGACAACUUAAAGAUACCAAAAACAAUUUAGACCAAUCAAUGUAAGCUAAAUAUGUGUGGCUGUCCAUGGGACUGAUUUCUGUGCAUGUGAGUGUGCAUGUGAGUGUGCGUGUGAGUGUGAGUGUGAGUGUGCAUAAUGCAUGAUGUAUAAAAUGUAUGAAUUUAUGGUUGGAUCAGAAUCGCCGGUGUAGUCAUUGGCCAGUACGGAGAAUGAAGUAAAACCAGAAGUCCAAAUCUUUAUCUCCAUCCAUGGCUAAUUUAGGAAAGGGACGAUUUUAACUAGCUAGCUAGCCAUCAGAAGACAACGACACAACGAGAUGCAACAAUUCAAGUUUUUUCUGUCAAUUACGUUUUGCUUUUGAUGUGAUGUGAUUGGUGUGAAGCCAAUUCCAAACUGGUUUCCCUUGACACUUUUUUUGGUGUGCCAGGACCAACCACAGUUGAGCUCACUCAGUUUAGCUCAACGCUGUUUGGCUAUUAUUUUAGAAUGUUUUUAUCAAGGGAUGCCAAAUGCUUUUUUGCUUCCCUUGCUAUUGAAUUCAAUGCUAUGGGCGGCAACAAUGUCAUAUUAUUUUAGGCCAGACAGCAACAGAUACAUGGGCUAUACAUACUGAGACAGAGGGGCGCUGUUUCACUUGCUUGGCUGCUCGGAUGCUUUCUCCAGUGAGAUACAUUCAGCCUCUUGCAAAUUGAAGGACAAUUAUGAAACACAGAGAGACGAAAGAUGAAUUAUUUUAUGUUUUUUUCUUGGUCAAUUUUUUUGGGAAGCCUGACUUCCCUUGGCAUCCAUGAAUACAUGCCAUUGCCAAUCUAUCAACCAGUUGUCAGAAAACUACACAGUUCAAACAUGAUUUUGUCUUACUGUAUAGUCAUCUGUUACACUGGGUUUUCUGAUUUUCCAAAUAGUGCCCAAGCUUUGUGAAACCCACUGACAACUGUGCUGUGUGUGUGUCCUCCUGUCCCUUCCCCUUAGCAACCGCGUACAGAGUGGGUGUUAUCGUGGCCUGGGCAGGUGGUGAUCGCUGGCUGCCAGACUUUCUGGACCACUGA